AUGGAUUCGUACGUGAGUUGUAUAAAAGUUCGAGGGACACGGAUCCUUCCACCUGUUAUGACAGAUGAAUUGAGAGCAGAGAUGAAUUAUUACAAGCAGCUAGCUUUAGAAGUUGAAGAAAGAUUAUCAAGACUUGAAACUAUCAGCACUGAGGAAGUUGAAGAAGAAGUAGAAAAUUCAUUCGAAGAAGAUAAGCCACCAGAUUCUAAAACUUUUAAUUUUUAUCAGCAAGAAAGUGUUACAAGCUUUACUGGUGAUAGUCCAGAAGAAUCCAAGACAGAGAUUAAUAAAAUAAGCUGUGAGCAAGUAAAUGAUAAAUGGAAAGGCCGUUCUGACGAUGAGACAAUAACUAACAGCACGGAUAUUAAUAAGUACAUAAAUACAUCGGGUUCUUCCAAAACAGACGCAUCAGAAGUAGGAAAACCUUGUGUACCCAAAACUUUAGACAUUAUUCCUAUUACAGUAGACCAUAGAAAUUUAAUUGAAAGAAAAGCUUCAUCUGACGUUGAAGAAGCUGACACUGAAGUUCCUAAAUUAGUUAGACAAGGUUCCUAUACACUGGAGUCACCAAGCCCAAUGCUAUUAGCUCACUUCCAGCAACCGGAAAAUGAUUACGUUCCUACUUCGACGGCUAACGGUGUUAAGCCGAGAGAAUGGAGCGUUAAUUAUUGUAAAGUAGAGUGGACGCUUAAAGAUAAACAAGGAAUUGGUGUAAAAAAUAAUAAUAAUAAUAAUAAUAAUAAUAAUAAUAAUAAUAAUAAUAAUGAAGUUGAUUUGAUUGAUAGACGAAAUAGUAUCUCUGAUGUCAAUAAUAAAAAGGAUUAUAAAUUAAUUGGAGAAAAGACUGAUAAACAAUCAAACAGCUUAAAUCACGCUGCUAAAUCUGUUGAUUGUAUUCAAUCGAUGUUAACGAAAGAAAAUUCUUCCAGCACUUCCAAUCAUCAAAGUAACAUUCCUGUUGUCAGAUCCAAGUCGAGUAAUGCUGUUAAAAAUUAUUUAAAUAAUAAUUUUAAAAAUAGUAAAGAUAUUUGCAGUGUUGCUAAAAUUUACGGUGCUCAGAAAGCGUUUAGUAAUGGAAAUUCACCGACUAGUAAGAAAAAAUAUACUGACAAUAAAAUGACUCGGAGCUUUGAAGGUUCAAGCACUGACCAAUAUGAUAGCCGUCCUGUUGAUAAAUCUAAACCGGUUGUUACAUCGGAAAAAUUACUUCAAGUGUUCAAAGAAAUCCAAAAGACUCAUCACCACCAAAUGGCUCAUCUUAUCGCUCGGCAACAAAAGGAGCAAAUAAUUAUGCAGCAGGAAUUUGAAAAGCAGCAAUUGAUGCUUCUUGAGCAGCUGGAAAAAACCUGCCCGGGUAUUUCUCUCCCGGCGAUUAUUAAGAAGAUUACUACUCCAGUGGAUAAAUUAAAAAGAUAUAAUUCUCCACGAGACUCUGUAUCCUUGCCAAAGGAUCAGAAUCGGUCUGAUACUGAGAGUAGUCCUUUAAAUGGCAGCUCUUUUGGGUCUGAGGGAAGCUUGUCAAUUCAUUUUACGUCUCAUGAUGCUUCUUUGUCGGAAAGUAAAACUAAUCGUGAAAGAAGAAGAUCCAGUGUUAGUCGACAAUUAUUUCCAUUAGAAUGUAAAUCUACUCAUGUUCCUAUUACUAAUGGAGCUGUUUAUGAUGAUCGUCAUGUAAAAUCUGCCACUAUUAUUAAUGCUUAUGUACGUGGUUACUUAACAAGGAGAUUAAUGAAGACUGAGAGAGUUAUGACUUUAAAAAAUACGUAUAGAGAAGCAUUGCAUUGUAUGUUGAAAUUACAUGUUGACGCUCCUUGGGAGUUGGCUGAAUUAAAUUUCCACAAACGUUUACAACAUCAGUGCGAUGCAGCAUCCAUGAGUAUCGUCGAAUUAUUUUCUCAAAGUCCAUCGAAAAGAAUGACUAUAAUAUCACAAGAUCGACAAGUAAAGCAAGCACGUCAACAACGACCAACUUCUGCUAAAUCUUCGUAUUCUUUUGCAACACAACGAACCUUAGCAAGAAAAAAAUUUAAAGAAAUGGGAAUAAUAACAAUGCCAGAACCAGCAUCGAGAAAUCGUGAACCCUGUACUGCAAGAACGAGAUGUCAAACAUGGACAUCUAAUUCAAGAGAAAAACGUUCUCCAGGAUUAAUAAAUCAAGGCAUUAAACGUAGUACGAGUGCUGGUGCCGUCCGUAAACCUUGGCGAUAA